AUGUCCGUUGACAAGAUCUCGGUAUUCGAUGAUCCGCGGGUCGAGCGGCGUUCUGCCAGUCUGAAUGGCAAGAAUUACGGCUAUCUCUACAGCGAGCCCGAGUCGGGCAAUUACAGAGCGACUAUUUUUCUUCUUCAUGGCUUCCCCGACUUGUCGAUGGGAUGGCGAUACCAGAUCCCCAUGUUAAGACGGAUGGGCCUGCGAGUUGUUGCGCCGGAUUGCUUAGGAUAUGGACGAACAGAUGCCCCAGAAAACAUCGCCUUGUAUUCACAUAAAAGCUGCGCCGACGACAUCAGGGAACUAGGAUCUCAACUCGGAGCAUCGCAGAUCAUUCUCGGCGGUCAUGAUUGGGGCGCCGCCCUCGCCUACCGAGUCGCCCUCUGGCACCCCGAUUUCGUCUCGCACCUCUUCACCGUGUGCGUGCCGUACGCGCCGCCGCAGAAGAAAUUCUUCCCGCUCGAGGAAAUGGUGAAGAAAGUGGCGCCGCACUUCUCGUAUCAGCUGCAGUUCAGCAGCGGGGAGCUAGAAGAGCCGACGCGCUCGAAGGACGGCAUUAAGAAGUUUCUCUCGGCGCUGUAUGGCGGGCGCACUCCGGAGAAGGAGUUCGUUUGGGACGCGGAGCUAGGCAUUUCCGUUGAGCGGAUGGAGAGGAUUUUGCCGUCGAGGUUGUUGAGUGAGGAGGAACUCGAAUACUACGCCACAGAAUUCUCGCGCCACGGACUUCACGCUCCCUUCAACUGGUACCGCACGCGUGAAAUCAACUACAAAGAAGAGCUCUCGAUCUUAGACCAACGCAUCACGGCGCCCGUGCUCUUCAUCCAGGCGCUCCGGGAUGCCGCCCUCCCGCCUCGUCUGGGCCGCGGCAUGACGAAGACAAUCCCGCACUUGACGUUCAAGCAGGUUAAUACGUCGCAUUGGGCGCUGUGGGAGCAGCCUGCGGAGGUGAAUGAGAUGAUUGCCUGGUGGUUGGAGGAGGUAGUGUUUACGGAUCCGAGGGUCGUGAAGUUGUAGGUUCUCUCAGUGGGGGGUUCUAGAUUGGGUGGUGGAGUUCAGCUGUGCUGGGCUUUGUAUUGUACUGGGUUGUGCUGUGGUGAGCAUAGCCUCGGAAGGUUGGUUGGGGGCUAUGCGAGGGUAAAUUUGAUAUUUUGCUGGGACGAGCUGGCUCGUUUCAGAUGUUUUCAUUGGUUUUGGGGAAGAGUAGAAGGCCUGUGUAUGGAGGUAGUAGAGGAUUAAAUUGUGUGAACUAUAU